AUGAAACGGUAUUUUCAUCACAUACCUUCAACAAGUGUAGAUGGUUCAUCUUCAACGGUUAAUGGUCCUACUACACAUGUUGAGCCUGGAGCAACAUCAGCACAAGUGAAUAUUGAAGUUGAUCUUCAACCUGAACCAUCUUCAAAAGUGGUUGAUUUAUUAAAUCUGCCAAGUGAUCCGGGACUACGACCUAACAUAAUGAGCUAUCCUCCAAACAUGAUCGAGCAGAUAGCAUCAAUAAAGUGUCUCCGCUAUCUCCUUAUGCAAGGAAUGGCUUUUCGAGGACAUGAUGAGUCAGAAGAAUCUUUGAACCAAGGCAAUUUUAUGGAGCUUUUGAAACUUUUGGCUUCUUGUAGCAAAGAGAUAUCUAAUGUUGUAUUGAAGAAUGCUCCUGAAAAUUUGAAACUUACAUCACCUGACAUUCAGAAAGAUAUCAUAAAUGCAAUUGCAGUUGAGACUACUAGAGCUAUCAUUGAUGAUAUUGGUAAUGAUUUUUUUGCCAUAUUAGUUGAUGAAUGUCGGGAUGUGUCUGUCAAAGAGCAAAUGGUGCAUGUUAGUGACACAAUUGCUACCUCACUUGAGAAGGGAAUUGAUUCCUUAUUUUCUACUUAUGGGUUGAGCAUUUCUAGUUUGAGAGGUCAAGGAUAUGAUGGUGCAAGCAACAUGAGAGGUGAAUUCAGUGGAUUGAAAACUUUGAUACUUAAGAGGAAUCCUAAUGCCUAUUAUGUUCAUUGUUUUGCUCAUCAGCUUCAACUAACAAUUGUUGCUGUUGCCAAAAAGCAUAUCAUUGUUGGGUCUUUCUUUAAUACUAUCUCGCCUUUAUGCAAUGUGGUUGGAGGUUCAUGUAAGCGCAGGGAUAUGCUUCGAGAGAGCCAAAGAGAGAAGAUUAUGGAAGGCAUUGCAAGUGAUGAAAUUAAGACCGAAAGAGGGUUGAAUCAAGAAAUGGGGAUGAAACGACCCGGGGACACUCGUUGGAGUUCUCAUUACGGUACUCUCAUCAACUUGAUUCACUUAUUUACUUCAGUUGUUGAUGUUCUUGAGUAUGUUGGGGCAAAUGGUACCGAUGAUUCACAAAAAUCUGAAGCUAUGGAUUUGUUAGAUGUUAUUAGUCGAUUUGAGUUUGUCUUUGUGUUACAUCUGAUGAAGAAAAUUUUAGGAAUUACACAUGAUCUAUCUCAAGUGCUACAAAGGAAAGAACAAGAUAUUGUGAAUGCAAUGAGACUUGUUAAUGUAGCAAAAACUCGCUUGCAAGCAAUGAGAGAUAAAGAAUGGGAGAUGAUGUUAACUGACAUUUCUAAGUUUUGUAGUAAAAAUAAGAUAGAAAUGAUUGAUAUGGAAGAUGAAUAUGCACCUCGAGGAAGAGGAAGACGUAGAGUUGAGAAAAUGACAAAUCUCCACCAUUAUCGAGUUGAGCUUUUUUAUACUGUGAUUGACAUGCAGGCUUUAGAGUUAAAUCAACGUUUUGAUGAAGUCAACACAGAAUUGAUUUUAUGCAUGUCAUGUUUGGAUCCUAGAGACUCAUUUGCUGGAUUUGAUAUUGAAAAGCUAGUUCGACUUGCAAAGUUUUAUCCGUCUGAAUUUUCUGAAGUUGCUUUGUAUGAACUUGAAAGUCAGCUUGAGAACUUUAUUGUCGAUGUGCGCAUGGAUGAAAAGUUCUUAGAACUAUCAGGGAUUGGAGAUCUUGCUGAGAAGAUGCUUGCGGGGGCUGUUCUGGAUCUGGGAAGGGGAUCGGUUAGAUGCGGUGAUCAGUGUCUUGAGCACGAUAUGCAGCCUGUUGGGUCGAUGAUAGGUACUAAGCAAUCGUUCAAAAGAUUGUCUCCCAUACGAUUGCGAAGAACACUCUUGAUGAUCUUCAUUGCUGAAAAGGGUCUUUCAACUGUAGCAGUAGCAACUGUUGCUACUGCUACAGUUGAAAGAGCAUUUUCAGCGAUGAAGAUCAUCAAGAGUGUUCUUCGCAAUCGUAUGGGAGACAAUCUUUUGAACGAUUGCUUAGUACCUUACAUCGAAAAGGAUGUGUUUGUAAAUGUUACUAAUGAAGCUAUUAUGCAGAGGUUUCAGAACAUGAAAAACAGGAGAGAAAUGUUAUGA